UCCCAGCGGAACAGACGUGGAACAUUUUGCUCCGGAUAGCAAUAGCAUCGCAAGAAAGAAAGAAAAAAGCUGGCAGUAGUUGCCAACGAUUUUGUGGGACCGCGGAAUGCAAAACAAUUAAAGCUAAACACGAUCCCAGGCAGAUCAGCCUCAUCGGCAGUGCAUCUGGCGUAGCACCACAAUCUCCGUCAGAGACGGAGUUAAUUACCCAGAGCCAAGAACCCAUUCGCGACCAUCUCCGUACACAUCCAUCCAUCCAUCGGGGAUCGGGGUUCGGGGAUCGGAGGGCAUCUGGAGCAGUGGAACUGCGGGCGUUUCGAUUUUUGGUUUCGCCCUGCGCGCACGCGUUUUCUUAACUAUUAAUUGACCCCGCCGGUCAAUGAGUUUGGUGUAUAGGCGAUAGUUCGCCUGUAUAGUGACAAAGACAAUGACGGAGACCCGCGAAGAUGUUCCUGCUGCGGAUGCGGAUGAGGCCGCGCCGGAGGCCCAGAAGAAGGCAAAGACCAAGGAGGCGGCUCAGCCCAUGGUCAGCUACACACAGCUCUUUCGAUACAUCGCUGGAUGGGAUUACCUGCUGCUCCUGUCGGCUGUUGUGGCGGCAUUCCUGCAAUCCCUCGUCUUUCCCAUUGCCAUUGUGGUCUACAGCGAACUGGUGGCCAUGUUCAUCGAAAGAACUCUGGGUCAGGGGACCAGUUCGGUCACCAUCGGUUUGUCCCUAUUCGGUGGCGGAAAGAUACUCACAAAUGCCACAUACGAAGAGAACAUGCAGGAGCUGCGAAAGGACAGCGUAUCCUUCGGCAUACUCAUGACCCUGAAUACUCUGCUGAUGCUCUUCUCCGGAGUUUACUAUGUGGAUGCAUUCAACAGAUUGGCUCUGAAACUCACAGUCCGCAUGCGAAGGGAAUUCUUCAAGGCCACUCUAAGACAGGAGAUCGGAUGGCAUGACAUGGCCAAGGAUCAAAACUUUGCCGUUCGCAUUACUGACAACAUGGAGAAAAUACGCAGUGGCAUAGCUGAAAACUUAGGUCACUAUGUGGAGAUCAUGUGUGAUGUAACCAUCAGUGUAGUUCUCUCCUUUGUCUACGGAUGGAAAUUGGCUCUGGCGAUAGUGUUUUAUAUACCCUUAACCCUCGUAGUCAACUCAGCAGUGGCCCAUUACCAAGGUAAGCUGACGGGCCAGGAGCAAAGCUCCUAUGUUCGAGCCAGCUCGGUAGUUGAGGAAGUGAUUGGAGCCAUCCGGACUGUGGUGGCAUUUGGAGGAGAACGAACCGAGUCCCAGCGGUAUGACACUCUGCUGAAACCCGCUCUCAAGGCUGGCAAAUGGAAAGGAGCCUUCUCCGGACUGAGUGACACGGUGAUGAAGGCCAUGUUGUUUAUCACAGGAGCGGGUUCCUUCUGGUACGGAGCUAAUUUGAUUCUCUACUACCGGGAUCCCAGCAUUCCCAUUGACGAGAGGGAAUACACGCCGGCGGUUGUGAUGAUUGUGAUAUCGGGCAUAAUCGUGAGUGCCAAUCAAAUAUCCCGAACCUCACCGUUUUUGGAGACAUUCGCCAUGGCUCGAGGCUCGGCUUCAGCCAUAUUGGAUGUAAUAGAUCGAACAUCCCUGAUUGAUCCACUCUCCAAGGCUGGGAAAAUCCUGAACUAUGGUCUGAAGGGAGCCGUAGAGUUCAGAGAUGUGUUCUUCCGCUAUCCUGCCAGAGAAGAUGUUAUUGUGCUGCGUGGUCUGAAUGUGGUCAUCGAGGAAGGUCAAACUGUGGCCCUGGUGGGUCCUUCAGGAUGCGGCAAGUCCACGUGCAUACAGCUGUUGCAGCGCUUCUAUGAUCCCGUCUUUGGGCAAGUGCUAUUGGAUGGUGAGGACGUCCGGAAGUACAACAUCAAGUGGCUGCGUUCGAACAUUGCCGUGGUGGGUCAGGAGCCCGUUCUCUUCCAGGGAACUAUUGGGGAAAAUAUCCGGCAUGGCAAGCCAGAAGCCACCCAAAAGGAAGUCGAAGACGCAGCUAAAGCCGGCAAUGCUCACGAUUUUAUCAUAGCUCUACAUAAGGGCUACGAUACGGACAUCAGCGAGAAGGGCGUUCAGCUUUCUGGAGGUCAGCGUCAGCGUAUUGCCAUCGCUAGAGCUCUAAUUCAGCAGCCGAAAAUCCUGCUUCUGGAUGAGGCCACCUCCGCCUUGGAUUACCACUCCGAGAAGCUGGUCCAGGCUGCGCUGGACAAGGCCUGCAAGGGCAGAACCACCUUGGUGGUGUCCCAUCGCCUUUCGGCCAUCCGGCACGCCCAUCGAAUUGUUUAUAUUGAAAAUGGCAAAGCCGUGGAGCAAGGCACCCACGAGGAGUUGAUGAAGCUGGAGGGAUUCUAUCACAAAAUGGUCACCGUGCAUUCCUACGAUGAUUCCGCCGAGGAGCUACUAAAUGAACUGGAAGAAGUGGCCGAGAUCAAGGAGAGAAAAAUGUCCUAUGAAGUUGAACCUUACCAGCUGGGCACCCGGAACUCCAUUGUGUCGCUGGAAAAGAACGCAGAGUUUCAGAUGAAGAACCUAAAUGGCCUGACCAAUAUAACUCUGAAUCCGGAAUUUGAGGAUGCGGGAGUUCCAUCCGGAAAUUAUAUCAGCACGUUCUUUCGCAUUUUGGGUUGGGCUCGACCAGAGUGGAGUUUUCUCAUUAUUGGCGCCAUCUGUGCUGGACUUUAUGGAGUCACCAUGCCGGUAUUUUCCGUGGUGCUAGCUGAACUAUAUGGAUCGUUGGCCAAGCCAACGGACGAGGAAGUCCUCGACCAAAGUGCGUCCAUGGCCAUCAUCUCCCUGGUGAUUGGCAUCGCAGCUGGCGUGGUCUGCUACAUCCAGACAUUUUUCUUCAAUCUGGCUGGAGUCUGGCUUACUAUGCGAAUGCGCUCCAAGACCUUUAAAUGCAUCAUGAACCAGGAGAUGGGAUGGUUCGAUCGCAAGGAGAACAGCAUUGGAGCCCUUUCUGCCCGACUAUCCGGCGAUGCGGCCAGCGUUCAAGGAGCCAUUGGAUUUCCGCUGAGCAACAUCAUCCAGGCGUUUACCAACUUCAUCUGCAGUAUUGCGAUUGCCUUUCCCUACUCCUGGGAAUUGGCCUUAAUUUGCCUGAGCACCUCGCCCUUCAUGAUUGCAUCCAUUGUUUUCGAGGCUAGAUUUGGGGAGAAGUCGGCGUUGAAGGAGAAGGAGGUGCUGGAGGAAACCAGCCGCAUAGCCACCGAGACUAUUACUCAAAUUCGGACAGUGGCUGGACUGCGACGAGAGGAGGAUCUGAUUAAGAUAUAUGACAAGGAGGUGGAGCGAUAUCGCACGCAGAUCCUCAGUCGACUGAAAUGGCGAGGACUGGUCAACUCCUUGGGCAAGUCCCUCAUGUUCUUCGGCUACGCAGUGACCCUGACAUAUGGUGGACACAUGUGUGCUGAUGGCAAGAUCAAAUUUGAGACGAUUAUGAAAAUAUCCAACACAAUGCUGUAUGGUCUAUUUAUUCUGGCCCAAUCUCUGGCCUUCACUCCCGCCUUCAAUGCUGCUCUCCUUUCCGCCAAUCGAAUGUAUGAGAUCAUUGAUCGUAAGCCACAGAUCCAAUCACCCGAAUCCUUCGAGAUCCAACAGAAUGGCAAUGGAACGGCUUACAAGACCAAUGUCGUGCAGCAAGGAGUCAGCUAUCGUGGCCUCAACUUCUCCUAUCCCUCGAGACCGCAUAUUAAGGUCCUACAGAACUUCAAUCUGGAUAUCAAUCAGGGUCAGACGGUUGCCUUGGUGGGUGCUUCGGGAUCGGGAAAAUCCACAUGUGUACAGCUAUUGAUGCGGUACUACGAUCCGGAUGAGGGCAAGAUUCUCAUAGACCAGGAGAGCAUCCACCACGACAUGGACUUGAAAACUCUACGUCGACGCCUGGGCAUUGUGUCCCAGGAACCUUCGCUUUUCGAGAAGUCCAUCGCCGAUAAUAUUGGCUAUGGAGACACUUCGCGACAGGUGCCCAUGCAGCAGAUAAUCGAGGCGGCCAAAAUGGCCAAUGCCCAUGAGUUCAUAAUGUCCCUGCCUGCGCAGUAUGACACGGUUCUGGGCGCCAAGGGCACCCAACUCUCCGGUGGCCAAAAGCAAAGAAUUGCGAUUGCUCGUGCGAUGGUGAGGAAUCCCAAGAUCCUGCUGCUGGAUGAAGCCACCUCUGCGCUGGAUUUCCAAAGUGAACGGGUGGUGCAACAAGCUUUGGACUCGGCAUGUUCAGGACGAACCUGUAUAGUAAUAGCUCACCGCCUGUCCACCAUCCAAAAUGCCAAUGUGAUUUGCGUAAUUCAAGCCGGAAAGAUUGUGGAGCAGGGCACUCACUCGCAACUUCUGGCCAAGAAUGGCAUUUAUUCCAAGCUCUAUCGCUGUCAGACGAAAGCCUCUUGAAAAGACUACAUACAGACCAGAUGAAAUCUUUAAAAUUAAGUUGGAAAACAUUUUUCUAGAAAAACUUCGAGGCACAAAAGUAUGCAACGAAUUUGCUCUUAGCUGUUAGUUGGUACAACAACCAAAGUAAUUUGGCCAUAAGCAAUGAAACAUUUGAAGUAGUUGUUAAAUAAAUGAAUAUGAAGAUAAAAACUA